AUAAUCUGAAAUGAUCUUUCUAAAACUGGAAAAAAAAAAAAAAAAAGAUGAUGAAAUUUCUUUGAUGACAUCACGGUUUCCGGCAUCCUUCAACUGCCUACUUAUACGCUGCUCAAACCUUUAGAUGGCCAGUAUAGCGGAGUCAAACUGUGAAGCUGAUCAAAGCUAACAUGUAUCUCUUUGUUGGUGUGUUCCUUGCUCUAAGCUCUUUGGGAAGAUUCGUGCUUCUGGCACCUUUACCAGAGACCCAACUCCCGCUGGAUAUAAAGGACAUGGAGUUCAUGAGAAGCUCUGAUUUUCAGGAAGCUGCUGAGAGCGCUCAAAGCUUGAUAACGAAGAUAUUCAUAGAAAUUCCUGCAGUGCACAAAUCACUGAUCCACACUACGACGCUGCCUCUAGACGAGAGUGAUUUGAGUCCACUUCAAGUCCUCAAGCGUUCCCUGGCUUUACCAGAACCAAGUCCUCUUCAGCCACUCUCAGACAAGUUUAAACUGGAUGUGUCCUUGGGCCGCAUAGUCGAGGGUCUGAAGCUGCACAAGACCCUGCUGAAGGUGAUCAGCGACCAACCGCAUUUUAAACCCAAGAAACCGAUCGAACUCCUGCAUGACCUGCGAGAUGCUAUAAUGCAUGUCCAUAAGAUGCAGCAUUUGAUUAAGGCGGCGAACGGACCGGAGAAGGUAACGGAAAGCCAGCUGCGAGAAGAUCUGGCUCCUAAACUAGAAAAUGAAUACAUGUCUCAGGUGGCAACACAUCUGGCCCUGAUCCAGCUGAGACAGUUCAGCAAGGAUGUCAGCCGCAGCCUCCAGAGCAUGAUUAUCUCUGCAGCAGAAUACGAGAGUCAAGAGUGAUAAAUCCAUGGAACCUAAUACUAAUCCCCCAAAGACCUGGCCAAUGAAUUUUGGGUGAAUCAUUUGUUUACAUUUGAUUUUCAACAUCUGGGAGCACACAGAGUUAAACCAUUUAAUUAUUUAUUGAUCAUUUAUUUAUUUAUUUAUUUAGUUAUUUAUGCAGUCACCCAUCACUCACAUCUAGGUGAGAGCUGGUUGUCAUUUUAAUCAUCACGUCAUCACACGCCGGUUAUAACCUAUAUUAGGUCGUUUAAAUCUACAUUAAUACAGUUGCAUUCUUAAACGUAGGGUAAGUGGUAGCUCACUGGUAUCGGGGUACUGAUUAGAAGGUUGGGGGGUCAAACCCAAGGACAAGUAAGCUGCUACUACUGGGGCCCUCAGAAAGGCCCUUAACUGCUCAGCUGUGUAAAUGUAAGUCACUCUGGAUAAGGGCAUUGAGCAAACGUUCGGAAAAAUGUUCUGGAAUGAAUGUAUGCUAAAUAUUUUUCUAUUUAUACGUGUUAACUAUUUAUUGUCACAUCCACAAGACAUUUUUUAAAAAGAAAUAUUUAUUGUAUUUUUUUGUAUCAAUUUUUAACUGGUUUAAUAAUUUCAGAAAUGGAACCUGUUUUUAUUUUUAUCUAUUAUUUCCGUUUGACCAAAUUACUACCUUUUGUAUUAAACAAAG